AGAACUGGGCUGUGCAAGGAGGGUGUGCAGAACCCUGGGUGGAGAGAGGAGGUGAGUGACCAGCUCCAGGGCUAGAUGCAAGCCAGUGCUUGCAUCACAAUCGAUCCCCUUUGUCCUCUCCACCCCUGGGCACCCUGGCAGCAGCAGACUGGGCUCCUUGGCACGGGCACAGGGAGAGGGACGACCACCAGCCCCAGUGAAGAGUUCUUUUGGUCCUGAUCAAACUUCUGCAGUCCUGGAAGAAGUCUUUUUUCCCAUGGUCCUCCUCAAUUGAAAAAGAGCUAUGUCUGCUUUCGAUCUGACAAGACAGGACAUGCAGUGUGCAGAGCCCGAGACAGACAGCAUCGCUCCGCGGAUACAGCCGAGAGACGAAGUGUUGGUCUGUGUCGAUGGCAAGUGGGUGAACGAGAUCUACUGCCAGCCACCCUUGGCUACUCCCUGGAAACUCUUUAGCAGGAAGGCACAGAAAGAAUGGAGAAUCUGGGAGGAAAACAAAGCACUGUGGGAGGAAAACCGCAUCCUCCAGAUCCAAAACAGGGCUCUCUGGGAGGAAAACAGGGCUCUACAGUGUCUGCAGCCACACGAAGAACCUAUCCAGGUUACUUACGCUGAUGCCAUUCAGCAAAGCCUCCAGAAGGAAAACGAGCCAUGCCCAUACUUCCAAGAGAGGAACACAGGCUUUCAGGUCAGUUCAGGCAACAAAGCUCUUCAGGCAGUUCAGGAAAACAAAAGAGUCUCAAAGGAUUUCCAACAGGAGUCUAAACCAGUCCCCAUCAUCUGGACAGAAGAAGAAGAAGCUGUGUCAGUCCUUGAGGAGAGUGACGAUGCCAAUUCAGAUCUUCAGGAGGACACUGAUGCCAACACAGAUGUGGAAGAAGACAACCCUGGCCCAUUUGCCCAGUAUAAACAGGAGUCUGCAAAGAAAAACAGCACUCCAACCCAGAAUAAGACCAAGUCUGCCUCAAGCGUGCAGGGUGAGUAUGAAAUCAUCCAGGUUCUGCAGGACUUAUACAGAUUGCUCCACACCUUCCUGAAGGUGAACCAUCUGCCUGAGGGAAAGCAGGGCUCUCACGUUCUCUGCAAUGCAAAGAGAUCCUUCCAAGAAGACUACAGUAAAUUGAAGCUACAGCUGAAUGCUGUGAAAAAGACUGUGUCAGACAUUAAGGCUCAAAUGGAAAUGUUGGAAAAGGAGCUCACUGCCAUCGCUUCUCCAGUGCAUGAAGGAGCAGAACAUAAGCUGGCAACUGAGAUACAGGAAGUUUGGUCCUAAGACUAAAAUGUUAGUUCAGUUUCCUGGAAAGCUUCUGUUCAUCUUUCAGGGAGCCUAAUAAAACCCAAGUGGAGCCUGAA